AUGAAAUCGGUGCGUAUGCAGAGGAUAUGCGAAGAGGACAUUGCUGAAUACUGGGAUCAAUGGGGCGCAGCUUUGGAGUCUUCCAUCUCGAAUUCGGGCAUUCAGUUACAAACAAAUGCGGUGAUCAUAUGCGCUUGUCAUACAUACAUUGCGAAAAAUAGCUGUCGUUAUAUCAUUGCGUCGUGA